UGGUAUGCUCGAUUGUAGCUCCCAAGGCCUUCCAGAAGCUUGAUACUUUUUUCGGGCAUUAGUUUCACGCUGUUCUCGAUUAAAGUCUUCAGAGGGGUGAAAUUGUAGAGAAAAGUAUGACUUCCAGCGUAGAAAACGAUCCAGAUGCUUUGAAGAUUUGCCCAUAUGACCCGGUCCACAAAGUGAAGGCAAAGAGAUUUCCUUACCAUUUGGAGAAAUGUCGAAAGCAAUAUGCAAGUGCAGGAUGGACACAGUGCCCCUUUUUUGCUCGACAUGAAAUUCGUGUUGAGGAGUUAGAAUAUCACACUUCCAUUUGUGAAUACAAGGAUAUGAUCAGACAAGACAUUGAGGAAGUUUACCUUCAGUCAAUUGUGGAGGAGAAGAGAUUACAACAACCACAGCCAACCCAAGCAGUACUACCUGAUGAAACUGAGGAUUGGGAAAUAGAGGCUGAUAGGCAACCAUUUUCAAUCCUUGCUCCUGAGCCACAAGCUGACUCUACCGAUGGAUAUGACGUUUUGCAGGUGAUUCAAGUUGUACAAGCCCAGGCUCAUGCUAAACCUAAACUUAUGGAGACCUCAGGCAUGACAGCCGCACAGAAGAAAAACUUUAAAAGAGCACAGAAAAGACAUGAACGACGAGAAGCUGAAAGGGUCAAUCAAGAACCUGAAAUGACAAAUGAAGAGAGGGUACAGGCCUUAGCAAAACAGUACAGUUUACUUAGCACUUCAGGUAGUUUCAUUGACUUUGUCAGUAUCCUGAAUCUAUACUGUCAAAAAAACAAAAUCAAUCUUCCCAAAUAUAGUGAAGCACCUGGAGUUGAUGGAGGCUUUGGGGCACAAUGUUUUGUGAAGGGUCAGAUAUUUAAAUCCAUGAAGUACUGUUCAACUAAGAAAGAAGCGCGUCAUGAUGCUGCCAUGCAUGCUGUGCUGGGUCUCAACAUUCCUGUGGUUGACCCAACACCCAACAAACCAAUGGCUGUAAGAAGUGCCACUGACCAUCAGAAGCUCAGAGAAACUCAUGAGUUACAGCUUCUAAAAGAGGCGGGGCAGGCACCACCCAAAGGGAGGGGCAGACCAACUGUGCAGCAGUCUGUGUGUUCCUUUUCCACCCAAGCUACUGGUCCACCCAUGUCACAGCAACCACCACAGAAUAUGGCAGCUAAUAAGUUUACUGAGGUUACUGGGGUAAUAGAAGGAACAGAAAAUGAUGACUGGACAACCGUAGGUGGGAAAGGGUUGAAGAAUCCAGUCUAUCAGCACUCCCUUAAAAUGGCAGGGCGUGGAAGGGGUAUGUCAAGGCGGUGACAAAUAUCAACUAUGGCAUCUCAUUGGCAGAGACUGAAAUCCUGACCAACGGAUUCUUCUGUGUCCUCCCUUCAAUAACUGUUGUUUUCGACUAGGGAGUAAGGUUGUAGUUCCUUGAUCUGUCAUGCAUUAUUCCCACAAUUCUCUCAAGGUGGGUGUGCUAGACCUUUGUUCCACUAGAA